AUGUCCUCGGCGGCAGAUCUCUUGCAGCAGAUCAUCCUCGAAGACCGGUUAUGGGUCAUAGGAGAUUAUACAAAUCUAUCUGCAAUGACCUUAUGGCUAGUUGAUUUUUUUGACACCCUCACGAUGGAGAUUGAGGCCGUCUGGAAAGGGAGAAUAACAGGGACUGCAAUGAUCUUCAUUGUGAACCGCUAUGCAUUUGCAGCAAACCUCAUUGUUACUCUUAUACCUCAGAUGCCCGGUUUUGCAUCUAAUAGCACUGUUGUGUUCGCAGUCUCGGCCGCAGAUCUUGCUCUUGAUUUGAUUUUAUUAAACAAAAACACUUCCGAGGCUGUGUAUCUGUUGGCGACCAGUCUAACUCCGUACUUCUCAGUGCUUCCGAAUCUACUCGUCAACCGUUUAUACCUGAAUCUUCGAACCUGGAACCUUCCACCCGCCUCCGUUUCAAACCACAGUGCUUUAGGAGAGCCUGCGUUUGCUCAAAACCGCUUUCUCGGUAACAUCGGGGAGCCUCUUGACCCCGACUGGUGGAACAAUCAAUUCGACGACGGUGACGAUACUGGACCGGAUGGAAAUAUGGCAGAUGCCUCGGAGACGACGGAUAUUGGGGAUAGAAUUACUACGCUGGUCCCAGUGGUCUACGGUGGGGGGAGCCAGGGAGAGAUAGAGAUGGUUCCGCUUCAGAGAGAACCACCCGUUGCGGGUCCUAUCGAGCACUCCGGGUUUAUUGCACAUACAAAUGGUAACAUGGCUUGCUGA